AAAUGAUCAAAAAAAAAUUAGCCUCAAAAUUGGAGUAUACAGUUAGUUAUACACUUCUGAAAAUGAAGGAUCAUCGGAGUAAACUUCCCGGUGAAAUGUUCUGUCGUUCGUUUUAGCAACCAUCGUCAAGGGUGAAAAUGUAUCUGAAGACACCGUUUUGGAGGGACCGAUCAAACCCGGGAAGUCAGUCUGAUUCUCAAUCGCCGGUGGCAGACCUGGUCAAUUUGCUGGAUAGGCAGAGACUGUACAGGGAGAUCUCACUUGCACUCCGGACCGGCCUAAGCGAUGCACGCGCUGAGUUCUCCUUUCUCCGAGUCCGCGGCCUUCGCCGCAUUCUCAAGUUCCUCCGAUCCGUGGCCGAGUGCGACGCCACCAUCAAUCUCUUCAUCCACAGCCAAUCUAUCCCUGAGCUUCAAGUGGUUCCGGUGCUUUUUGAACAUUCACUGAGAGAACAUGAGGAUCAGAAUGUGGCGAGCCUUGACCAUAUAUUCACCGUUGAACCUAUGGAAAUAACCAGUCCUUCUACUGAUGGUGAAGCUGCCAUUGCACUUAGAGUUUUGGAAGGGUGUUGCCUUCUUCAUCGAGAGAGCACUGUUUUGGCUCAUCAAUACAAGGCCAUUCCGGUGUGUAAAUAGUAAAUGUCUUAAUGAACAUGUUAUCGAAUCGAGGGGUACUUGAGCAAGGUGCUUGCUUAGAUGCAUUGAUUUCCAUUCUGCUAGAUUCAUCUGCAAAUCAAAUGGAAUUUGAGGCUUGCAAUGGCAUAGAGGAGGUUGCUUUACUAAUCAGAGGCAAACAAGUAGAUGAAAAUCUAAGGUUGAAAUGCGGAGAGUUUCUCUUGCUUCUUAUAGGGCAUGUGAAUGAGGGGAGGGAUAAAUUGCCCAUGGCAACAAUACAGGAUGGUGUGAGGAGGUACCUGGGUGAAAAAACUGCAUCAUUGAUAUGGGCAGCUAGCCAAUUCGGCUCCACCCUUGAUCCUGAACAACGCUUAAACGCUCUUCACAUCCAAGCUCGCCGGGUCCUUGAGUCAAUUGAUUUAUAUUGAGCUAAUGAGCCACUACUAUUAUGAUUUUUUCCUCAGUUACCUAUGGAAGGUCCCACUCCAAUAUCCACUCUCGAUUUAUGCAGAGAACCUUGAAAGUUGAAACACAAAUGCAGAUUCAUGCACGGGUCAAACUAGACUACAUACAACUUUGCAAAGUUCGAUAUGUUACCUUUAUAUAGUACAUGUUAAUGUAUUUUAUUUAGUAAACUGAUACUUUUCCGGAAUUUUUUCGGCACCCAACACACUUUAUUGCUCCAUGUAUAAUGUGAUAUUGUUUUUCUUAAGCAUUGGUGUUGUUGAGUUUUAA